AAACUGUGAAUACAAAACAAACGUCUAUGAACGGUACAAAACUCAUAAAUACAGAAAACAUUCAAGUAAUGCUUGUGAUUUUAAACCAGGCAUUGUUCAAAUACAUGAAAAUCCUGAAGAAUUAGAUGGAAAGCUGUCAGAUGUGGAAAGCGAUAUUGACUGUCAAGAGGAUUUGAACGUUUUAUCAAACAGUGAUGAUUCUCAACACCUGGAAAAGAAUCUGGAGCACAAAUUAGCUGCUGUUCUUCUCAAGUUAGAAAGUGUAUUUUUGAUAUCAAACACAGCUAUUGAUGAGCUCCUGCAAGAGCUCAGCUACUUGAUUGAGGAUUUGUCCCAACCAAUCACAAGAAAUACAGUUGUUCAGAUACUACAACAAAAUAACUGUGAGUUUGACAAUUCCCUUGUAGAAACUUUAGUGACAGCUUUUUGCUGUCAAAAUCCUAUUCUGAGAGCCAUAACAACCAACGGACCUCUGUCUACUGCUUGGAGGCAAAAAACUUAUUUCAGAAGACAUUUUAGUGUAGUUGAACCUGUUGAAUUUUGCCUUGAUUCAAAGAAGAGACGGUCUUUCCAAUACAUACCAAUUUUGAAGACACUGCAACAUAUCCUAGAUUGUCAAGAGAUUUUGAAUCAAACUACAAAUUUGGAAAAUUUGCAUAGAGACAGUACUGUGGGCAUUUACAAAUCAUAUUUUGAUGGUACCUUAUUUAAAGAAAAUAGGCUUCUGUCUAAAGAGGAAAGCGUAUCACUAAUAUUGUAUGUUGAUGACUUCGAAAUAUGUAAUCCCCUUGGGACGUCAAAAAAACCCCACAAAAUCUGUGGUUUGUAUUGGACUCUUGGCAAUCUGCGCCCCAGUGUUAACUCUGCAUUAUCCUCCAUAUAUUUAGCUGUUUAAUUAAAACAAAUGAUCUAAAGUUGUAUGGUUAUGAAAAAGUGUUGGAGCCUUUAAUUAGUGAUCUUGUAGUGUUGGAGGAAAGUGGUUUAUACGUGUCAAAGCUGGGUAAAACUAUAAGGGGUACAGUUCAGUGUGUUGUUGCCGACAACCUUGCCGCACACGGCAUUGCAGGCUUUGUUGAAAAUUUUGUAGGUGAUCACAUUUGCAGGUUUUGCACUGCAAAAACAUCUGAAAUUCAAACUACAGAGGUUCGAAGUGGUGAAUUCACUUUACGAAAUGAAAGCAUUCAUGCAGAUCACCUGAAGAGAAGAGAGGAGGGUGAACUUCCACAAUAUUGUGGUGUCAAAUCAAACUGUGUUUUCCCUAAACGGCUGUCAUAUUUUGAUAUCACGAGAUCCUUUCCCCCAGACCUUGCUCAUGAUAUUUUUGAAGGAAUACUUCCGUUAGAGUUAGCAUUGUGCCUUGGACUUUUCAUUAAAAAGAAGUACUUCACACUUGUGGUACUCAAUGAAGCUAUCUCAUCAUUCAGCUUCAAGUGGUCGGACAAGACUAACAAACCUCAUCCUGUGCCUCAAACAUUUACAUCAAAAAAGACAGUUGGAGGCAACGCUCAUGAGAAUUGGGCACUAAUAAGGUUUUUGCCUUUGCUGAUUGGACAAAGAGUACCCCCUGAAGAGCCAGCAUGGCAACUUCUUAUGGACCUGAAGGACAUUAUUGAAAUUAUUGUGUGUCCCAUUCAAACCGAGGAAUCAAUUUCCUAUCUACAAUUCAAGAUUUCAGAACACAGAGUGCUAUUCAAAGAAGUCUUUCCUGAGCAUAAUCUGAAGCCCAAACAUCAUUAUCUUGAACACUACCCACACCUGAUCCGGCAGUUUGGACCAUUAGUUGCUUUGUGGUCAAUGCGCUUCGAGUCAAAACACAGUUUUUUCAAGAGGGUAACAAGGAACAUCAAAUGUUUCAAGAACAUUCUCCUGUCGCUAGCAGGAAAACAUCAGCUUCACAUGGCCCACAACUUGCAGUCCGGUUUGAAUUUGAAACCUUCAAUAGUCGUGUCUAAAGUUUCCAAUGUUCGGGCAGACAUUUUGAACAAUAGCAUCUUGCUGUUUCUCAGAUAAAAGUCUAUACAUGUAGACACUGUUCCAUUUGCAAAAACUGUGACAUGCAAUGGAGCUAGAUACCAGUGUGGAAUGAUCCUUGUCCAUGGUGCAAUAGGAGGACUCCCUGACUUCUGUGAGAUCACUGAGAUGGCCAUACUUCAAAACACUUUAUUUUUCAUUGUCAAAAGGAUGAGUGGAUGGUAUAUUGAACAUUUUCGAUCAUUUGAUCUAAAAAGGUCUCCACUCAAGGAACUUGAACUGCUAGAGCUAGAAGAACUCUUGGAUCCAUAUCCACUGGCAGACUACAGAGUUGGAGGAAUGCAUCUUGUCUCAUUAAAACGAUACAUUCAUGUUUAAAGGAUUUCCAUGGCGAUGCAGACUUCCAAACCUGCAUGACUGAAAGUCAUCCUUGGUGACAACAAUAUUGAGAAAUUGACUCUUCAAAAUGGAAUUCCCAAGUCCGUUGAGGAACUGAUUGAUGUGGUUCAGAACACCUUUGGACUGACUGACAUUCGUCUGCAGUACAUGGAUAAAGACUUUGGUAAUGAUUUUUUCAAUCUGAGUUCAACUAAUGACCUGACGGAUAUGGGAACAAUCAAGGUUAUAAAACUGGAAAUAACGCCACUUGUCAUCACGGUUGCCGAUGUUGCUACACCAGGUACCUCACGUGAAUCAGAUGAGAGUAGCUCUGUGGCAUCAAAUGACACCUACCUUUUCUCAUCUCCCGAGUCCAGUACGACCCGUAAAGAGCAGUGGCCAAGAAAGUUUCUCAUAAGACAGUUUUCAUAUGACACAGAACUUCAGUUGGCAAGAGGAAAUUUGGCAUACCAGGCCUAUAACAAAGUGUUAACCCUAAACACAAAGCCGAAGUCUGACAUCUUGAAUGUUCUCACUGAGGACAUUUACAAGUACACCCCUUACCCAACAGAUGCUCAUUUCAGUGAAGUGGCAAUAGCGCUGAUUGAAAAACAUCCUUGCUUGAAAGAACCUGGGUCAUUUAAUGGUGCUUACGGAUGGAAGCAGAGACUUAAAUACAAAAUGGGGAAUUACAGAACUCAGCUGAAAGUUCUUGGAUGUCCUGAGUUGUCCAUUAAUGCCAAGUCCAAAGAUGACACAUCUGCUGCCAGGAAGAUGAAAUGAGCAAGAAGGGCAGAGGCCAACUUUUACCCGACGUUACCUCUAGGAGAGACAAGCACUUCUCUUGAAAGAGAAAGACUUGAUAUAUUGAUGGAAAUGCAGAAACGAAACAAUGAUCAAGUUGUCCGUGACAAAAUGGCCCGAACAUUUGCCUAUAGACGACAAGAAGUGGUUGACCAGCAGCCUAGGAUUGGAGACUUCAAGGACAGAUUGCCUGCCCUUUUCAGUCAACGAGAGGUUAAUGAAGAGUUCCACAGGGUUGUGGCCCUCCCUCUCGAGUCCAAGAUUUUUGAACAACUUGACCACUACUCCAGCAGACUGUUGGCAUUGGCAAGAUCCAAGAGAGGAACUGCAGGGGACAAAAUCUCUCCCAUCCUACACACGUUUAAUCGGGCCGAAGACAUCAAUCUGAAGAGAGAAUGUCUCCUAAAGGCUCUUAUCAUUGUUCUUGGGGAGGAUACUUGUGAUCUUGUCAAGGAGUUUGUGGACAGUCGGGAAGACGACCUUCAGGUUGAUUUGGAGCAGGUGACCAUGGCGGUAUUUUCCAUUCGACAAGAAGGAUGUGUCGAACUUCCUCCGGAGGACAUUGGUAUCGUUAUCGAAGGCGUAACAGUCUUAAAUGGACUCAGCUCUGUCCCAUCUGCUUGUGCCCUGCUGCUCGGCUUGAUCUACAUUCUCAAUCUUGCCUACCCUAAAAGCCUCCGUUACACUUUCGAGGUUUUCCAGAAAGUUUUUAUGGAGCUAGAUUCUCAGAAAAUGUCCCCAAAAGUUCAUACACUCUUAGGAAAACUGCAAAGUGCAGAUUAAUGGUCAUCUUAAGCCUAUGUACAUAUUUUUGCAUUCAGUGUUAAAAAACGUUUUAUAAAGUUGACAGUGUUUAAAAAGUUUGAGAAAAGAAGCACUUUAUAAUCCUUCAGAAUAUAACAGAAUAAAAGUUUCCAUUUUUUUUUUUGUUUGUUUGUUUUUGUUUUCUUUUUGCUACCUGCUGGAACUGUGCUUUCACUGUUUAUGGAGCUAGAUUUUUUAUAAAAUGCCCUCAAAAGUGCAUAUCCUCUUUAGAAAUUGCUAAAUGCAGAUUAAUGGUUCAUCUUAAGCUUGUCUACAUCUUGGUGCAUUCAGUGUUUUAAAAGUUUAAAAGUUUUAUAAAGCUGAAAGUGUUUAAGAAGUUUGAAAAAAGAAGCACUUUAUAAUCCUCCAGAACGUAACAGGACAGAAGUCUCCUGUUUUGUUUUUUUUCUCUCUUCUUUAGAUUGGAUCGUUUAUUGCUGGCACAGGGCAAUCUGAACUGAACUGCAACUCUUGCAUGUGAUUAUAGUCAUGGAGGCUGUACAACUGUACACUGUAAAUUGAAAUGUUCUGCUGUGAGAUAAUUUGAUGUUACUGUUACAAAUAAACAAUUUGCAGCAGCUACGACCUUUAUCUUACGUCUUCACAUGAUUAGUACACUUACAAACAAGUUUAUACUUUUUAGAACUGU